UUCAGAAGGUGGACGGAUGCACAUACGUAGCAAAGUAACGCCACCUGCCAUCGUCCCACGCGGCUAGGGAAUACUGUUCUUCGUUUUUCUUUUCUUCUUUUUUAAUAUUUCUUCUAUCCUCCAAGGAGUGACCCCUCCUCUGAGUUCGUCGCUCUUCUUUAGAUAAAUAAAUCCUUCUCCCAAAGACUUCCAACAUUUGAACCGGGUAUUCCGAUAUUCAUUCUAGCAAAAGGCCCGAGGGGACUUAUUCCUACAUCAUAGAAUCAAUUGGCUGAUCGGAAGUCCCAGAUGGUGAAGGAGACGGAAUACUAUGACGUGCUUGGAGUCAGCCCCGCGGCUACAGAAGCCGAAAUCAAGAAAGCUUAUUACAUCAAGGCACGGCAGGUUCAUCCAGAUAAAAACCCAAGCGAUCCUCUGGCAGCACAAAAAUUUCAGGUUCUGGGAGAAGCUUACCAAGUUUUAAGUGAUCCAGCUCAAAGACAAGCUUAUGAUGCUCAUGGGAAGUCUGGAAUCUCAACUGAUGCGAUUAUUGAUCCUGCAGCAAUUUUUGCAAUGCUUUUUGGAAGUGAACUUUUUGAGGAAUACAUAGGUCAGCUUGCCAUGGCAUCGAUGGCUUCUCUGGACAUUUUCACUGAAGGGGAGCAAUUUGAUGCUAAACGGUUGCAAGAGAAGAUGAGGAUUGUCCAAAAGGAAAGGGAAGAAAAGCUUUCAGAAAUUUUGAAAGGUCGUCUCAACCAGUAUGUUCAAGGAAACAAAGAUGACUUUGUUAAUCAUGCUGAAGCUGAAGUAGCAAGACUCUCCAACGCAGCCUAUGGAGUUGACAUGUUAAACACAAUUGGUUAUAUAUAUGCCAGACAGGCUGCUAAAGAGCUUGGGAAGAAGGCAAUUUAUUUGGGCGUGCCAUUUGUUGCUGAGUGGUUUAGAAACAAAGGGCACUUCAUAAAAUCCCAGGUCACAGCAGCCACAGGUGCUAUUGCAUUGAUUCAACUGCAGGAGGACAUGAAAAAGCAACUUAGUGCUGAAGGAAAUUAUACUGAAGAAGAGCUUGAAGAGUACGUGCAAUCUCAUAAGAAAUUGAUGAUUGAUUCCCUCUGGAAAUUGAAUGUGGCCGACAUUGAGGCCACUCUUUCCCGCGUCUGUCAACAGGUUCUUCAAGACAACAACGUCAAGAAGGAGGAGCUCCGUGCAAGGGCGAAGGGAUUGAAAACUCUUGGUAAAAUUUUCCAGAGGGUUAAGUCAACCAAUGGGAAUGAGAGUGAACCGGUAGUAAAAGGUUCAGUAGACAAACUGAAUGGAAGUGAACCAAGCCAUGAUGCUUCCCCAAUUUCAACAUUGAAAUCUUCCGGCUACGAAGAAACAUCUUUUGCAACGCAGAGUCCCUAUGUGGAGGCUCCCAAUUUUGCAGGUGCACACUUUAAUAACUAUUUCCCGAGGCCAACACCGCCUCCAGGUGCACAAAGACAUCCGUCGUCCAGCAGGGAUUGAGUGGGUUUGUAUGUAUUGUGUAGGAUAUUAUCUUGUAUUUGUAAGGCUAUAGAUAAUGGUUGUAUGUGUGGAUAACCUUGCUAGAAAGCAGCUGCCAUUCCUUUACUCGGGGGAUGUGUGUCGUGAAUAUGUAUUUAACAGAACAGACUAAUGGCUGUAGUCGGAACUUUUCAUCAUUCUGGCUGGCUGUGUUCACCGUUGGCCGCUUGGUGGUGAUUCUCGAACCCUUUAUUACAUUGGAGUGUGUUUUCGUUGCACCAGUCGGUCACCACGUGCCCCUUUUCAUUGUAGGCUCUUUCAUAAUUCUUUAAAUGUGGUUGGACUUGAACCUGGAUCACACCAUUUCUUAAUUAAUGGGGUCGGGUGUAUUUUAUGUUUUCAGGUUUA